AUGCUGUGGCUGCUUCUCGGAUCACGCCGCACUGGCACUGGCUCGUCACUCCGCGCGCCAGUCGCGGUUGCGGCAGCGACAAGUCCGCUGCGAGCCGUCCUCACCACAGAGUGGCAGCUUGGCGAGUCAAGCGAGGCCGGAGUCAGCGUGCAGCGGCUCUACGACCUGAUCCAACCACCGGACGAGGACGCCUUCUUCGACGAGAUCGACGCUCUCGAGGAGGAGGGAUGGCUGACGAUCCGCAACGGCAGGGGCGACGACGACGACCUCCUCUUCCCCGCUCGGCACGGCGAGUACGACUACGCCGCGGAGGCGGCGGCGGUCGAGGCUGUGGCGGACGAGAAGGAGAUCGCGGCGCUGGACGCAGCCUGCGCGCGCCUGGAGCAGGACCCGCGGCUCGAGGGCGCGUGGGAGCAGGCGUGUGUGGGCUGCACUUCGGCCGACUUCAACACGCGCAAGGGGCUGACGGGCUUGGGCGGCGCGCCCUUCACCUCGCCGGCCGCGCUCUUCUACUGCUACGGCGGCGGCGCGGUCUGCGCUAAGGAGGUGCUGCGCCUGUUCGGGCGGCCGGAGCGGUUCGGCGACGCAGACCUCGGAGGCCAGCGCAGCUCCAAGGAGUUUGCCGGCGCGACGGCGACGACGAGGCCCAUCUCCAUCACGGGCGACGUCGCUUCUCUCCAUUGUGAACGAGCUCUAUCGACCAUUAGGCACGUCUGCAUCACCGCCGACGGCGCGGUGCGAGUCGCAAAGGCUUACGCUGCGGACACGCAAAGCGCGCCUCUCCUCUUCGCGGAGGCUACCGGACGCUGCCCGGAACCUUCACUGCAGGUGGACGCGGCGGCCGGCGUCGGCGCGGGAGGCUACCUGGUGUACAAGCGGCUGGCGGCCGGGGAGAUGGAGGCGCGGCUCGGGAGCACGCGGCGGGCGGCGUGGCUCGAGAGCAAUCGGCUUCCGCUCGUCGGCGGGACGGUCCCCACGCUGUCGAUGGAGGAGAUGCGCGAGGCGUACCCGUACCUCGGGGAGGGGGAGGGGGCGGGCGGCGACGGCUUCGCGGGCAUCAAGCUGCCGUGGUCGUAG